GUGUAUGCUGCCGAAGAAGAUGUUCAAAGGAAAGACAGCAUGGUUCUCUCAGAGUGUAGACGGAGAGCUGAGCGGCCUCUGGGAGGCUGAAGGAGGAAUAAUCACAACUCACCAUCAUGCAGAGUAUCUUUUCAGUAGCGAUGCCUCUCACUGUGAUACCAAACGGAUUCACAACAGCCUAGAGUAUGUUGAAAAUAUGGCUACUGUAUUUCAUGCCAGUUACAUUCAAGCAAAGACAAGGUCCAGCACAGAGAAAUCGGUGUUUUUGGGGCAUUUCAUCCUCCCCCCAGAAAGUGUACAGGAAGAAAUCAAAAGAAAAAUUGGAAGCUUUAUUUGGGAGCAGAGCAAUCUGCUUUCUGCGGAACAGGACAGUGUGGAAAUAAAGGACCAUACUCUACAGGUGCAGGAUUUGAAUACCAGUACCAGAGGCGUGCCUUGCAGUAAAGAGAAGCCAUGCCAACUAUCUGAAUGUGAUAUAAGGAGUGAGCAUUUAGGGUCAGUUGAAGCAGAUGUGGACGAAAUGAUGUACUACACCCUUCAGAAUUAUCCAGUAAAUAAUAUGUUGACAGGUUAUGUGUCCAUUGAUGAAAUGGAAAAGUUCACAGGGGAAUUGCUUGAUUUUAUACCCAACGGUUCUGAGUACCUGGCAUUCUGUGUUCAUGAUUUCUGUGGUUAGGAAUAAGAACAACAAAUAACUAAAUUGAUGUUGUGUUACAAAAUAUGAACAAGAAAUAAAUUCUAGUUCUGUU